CGUCAAACGUCAUCUGACGUCAUCAGCAGCGAUUCGACGCGAGUGGGUUUGUUUGUCUGCUAAAAUUUGACAUUUCGAUAAUCCAAAACAAAACAAAAAAAAAACCCCCCGAUAAAAUGACAGGAUUUUAGUAAAAAACCAAUACAAAGAUAAGUAUUUUCUAACGAAAAAAACCCCUGAAAUUGUAGUUUAUAAAAACAUUUUCAAAAUGACUGACUACGAUAAUGAGAACUUCUGCAAAAAAUUGAGAAAAGCUACGAAAGAAAUUCACGCUGUCAGUGAUGCUCUAGUCAACGCUAAAUUAGUUUUUGCAUUUCACGAUGACACAGUAUGGGCCGAUGGUCUUUUAGCUUUCUAUGAAAUUUUUCGAUAUCUGGAAGGAGCAAUGGAUAGAUUAAAAAACACAAAAGUUGGUCUUCUAAAUAUUCCAGGUCUUCAAAGAACUGAGGCAUUCGAGAAGGAUUUAAACUAUUAUCUAGGAAAAGGAUGGAUUAAAAAUUAUACUCCAAGAAACAGUGUUGUUAAAUAUUUGCUGCGUUUAAGAGAAGUCGAGGACACUGAUCCAUCUCUUUUAAUGGCGUAUAUUUAUCAUUUAUACAUGGGUUUAUUGAGUGGAGGAAUAAUUAUUCGUCACAAACGACAACUUGUACAAAAGAUUUCGCCAUUUAAAAAUGAUAAUCAAGAUGGGAACAACAUCACCGAUUUUGGCGAGUACAAUAUAUUUGAAUUAAAAAACGAAAUGCGUUCGACAAUGAAUCGAAUCUCGGAGACAUUAGACGAGGACACGAAAAAUAAAUUAAUCGAAGAGAGCAAAAUAGUUUAUACACUUAAUAACGAAUUAAUUAGAAGCGUGAGAGGCGCUGGAUCGGUUAUUUUAAAAAAAGUCUCCUACUUCCUUGGUACUAUCAUUUUUGCAAUUCUUGUCUUCCUCUAUUUCUUCAAAUAAGAAAUUUUUACAAAUAA